CCGCAGGGCCCAGUGGGUGGCUAAGCGAAGGCCCACACCUGGCCCUUUCUCGCUGGGGUCCAGGCGCCGGCUGAUCUCCCUGCAGUGGCCAAGAAAGAAGCAUGUCUGGGAGAAAGCAGGGCUGGGAUCACCAGGCAGAUGGCCGCGGAUACAGUCCAGGUCCUCCGCCCGGCAAAGCCCCCAGGCUGCUUCCGGAGCCGGGACCCAGCAGGAAGCAGGAGGAAGAUGGUGGGGAUGGCCCUCUCGCCGGCCUGGAGGGGCUCUGCCUCCACCCUCGGCCAAAGGAGAUCCUGGCCUUCUUCACAGCGCAUGACGACGAGCUCGCGAGGGUGCUUGGUAGCCCCGGACUCAGCCCCCGGAAGGUGUACACGGUGCUGCGCGCCGUCAGGCAUGGGCUGGAGGGGUCUGUGGCGCGCCAGGAGGUCCAGGCGAUGCUGGGGUCGGUGCUGCAGCCCACUUUCCUGCUCCAGAGUUUGCUGGGAUUUAUUGCAAACCUCGAGUCCUUCUCUGGCGAGGACAGGCGAGUGUCUCCGGAGGUGAUGGGAGACACGGUGGCCGCCCUCCACCACCUCCUGGAGGCCUCUCCAGGCCACGCCCGCACACUGCUGUGCUACCCGCUGGACCUCCUCUGGGCCGCCGUCCGGAGGCUGCAGAGCCGUGGCUUCCAGUUCACCUGGAUCGCCCAGAAGCAGCUCCAGGACACCAGGGGCCUCCUGGACAGGGCCUUCUCCUCCUCCUCCUCCUCCUCUCUACGUGGGGGGCUCAGGGGGGUCCACGCGGAAUCUCUGGCGAGUCGGGAGGACUUCCGCCUCAUCCCUGUCUUCCCCACCCCGGAGGAUAUCUUUCUGGAGCCCAUGGGCAGGCUGAAGCCCAAUGUCCUCUCGGGCCAAUAUGAGAGCGAGGAAGCAUAUUUGGACACCCACUUCCGCCUGCUGCGGGAAGAUCUGCUCCGUCCCCUCCGGGAAGGGAUUUCCUCACAAUUCACCCUCCGGAGCCUUUUCUCUGACUCACAGAAACCAGCUGAGGAACUGCAGCUCUACCGGAAUGUCCAGCUGGUCAGCGUGGGCACCUCGCCGGCUGGGGUCACCUUCCUGGCCAAGUUCCACCCCUCACGAAGCGUCAUGGCCGCUGCCUCCUCCAAGCGCCUCCUCGGAGGCUCCCUUGUGUGCCUCAUCUCAAAUGACUGCGGCCACGUGAUCUUUGGGACUGUGGCCGGGGCCACCUGGAAAGAGCGCCUCCCGGGGGCCGUGUGGCUGGACCUGCAGCAGAGCCACGCCCGACUGAUGCGCCACAUCUGCAGGACCACCUUCACCAUGGUGGAGUCGCCGGCCUUCUUUGAGUCCUACCGGCACGUGCUGGCCGGCCUCCAGGAGCUGCAGCCGGGCUCCGUCCCCUUCAGCCAGUACCUGGUGAGGUGCUCUCGGGAGGUCUCCAGGCCCUCGUACCUGGAGGUGGAAGGGGCGGCCUUGGACGUCCACGCCUUGCAUAGUUUAAGGGGAAACCGGGCCGCCGCCGCCACCACCCACGCGGCCACUGUGGUUGCGCCUGCCUCUGAUGCUAGUGAGGAUAGUUGUGUCCAGGUGGAGGUGCCUCUGGUGGAUCUCUCUGCUGUGAGCCCUUUAAACGCUCACCUCUGGACUCCGAGGCUGUUUCCACACCUGGAUGAAUCUCAGAUCUCCGCCCUUCGGAUGGCUUUGAGCACAGAGUUUGCCCUGAUCCAGGGCCCACCUGGGACAGGUAAAACGUUUAUUGGACUGAAGCUUUUGGAGGUCCUGUUGGACAAUCAGGCACUCUGGAACCAGGAUCGUACCCCAUGCCUGGUGGUUUGUUACACAAACCAUGCGCUGGACCAGUUUCUUGAAGGGAUCCUGGAGUUCCUGCCAUCAGGGGUUGUGCGCAUUGGAGGCAGGAGCAAAAACGAGAAAGUGAUGACCUGCUCCUUGAAGAAUUGCCGCAAGACGUACAUGCCCGGGCUCCUGAGACUGAGGGCCCUUCGGAGACAGAAGGAGAGCAUCAGCUACUGCACGAAGGUCUUGGAGCUGCUGCGCCAGGGGGUGCUCACGGAGUGGGAGCUGGAGGCCGAGAUGGCCGAAGACUGCCUGGGGAUCUCGGAGGGGGGGAUGCUGCAGUGGCUGAACAUCUGCUUCCCACCCGAGAAAGGGCAGCCACCGAGGGCAGAGAGACGCAACGCCGCCAGGCUCCGCAGGAAAGGAGGCGAUGCCCACAACGCGCAGCUGUCCCGGUGCCAGAAGAACGAGGAGCGGUUCUUGGACGAUGAUUAUUACGACGAGAUGGAUGAUGAGGAGUCGGCGUCUUCAGGGACACCCCAGGGGAAAUUUGCUUACCUUGUGCCGGAGGAGAGACAGACCCACCAGGCGUGGCUGCUCAACCUCUUGAAGGAAGGAGACACCAUGACCCAUCAGGAGGUGGCCGCCGUCCGCGACGUCAGGAGCCUGCGGCAGAAGGACCGCUGGCGCCUGUACAGGCGAUGGGUCGCUGCCUAUGAGGAGAAGCUGAAAGCGUCCCUGGUGGAGAAGAUGAAGACCUAUGAGAAGGAUGCGGCUCAGCUGGACGAGCUCCGGUUCCAGGAAGACCUGGCGAUCCUCCGGCGAAAGCGGGUCAUUGGGAUGACCACCACAGGUGCUGCUAAAUACAGGAAGCUGCUGCAGAAAGUCCGCCCUCGCAUAGUGAUCGUGGAAGAGGCGGCUGAAAUCCUGGAGGCCCACGUCCUCACCUCGCUCUCCUCCUCCUGCCAGCAUCUCAUCCUGAUUGGGGAUCACCAGCAGCUGCGUCCGAAACCGGCCGAUUACACCCUGGAGAAGAAGUACGGCUUGGGCAUCUCUCUCUUUGAGCGGAUGGUCAACAAUCAGCUUCCUCACGUGCAGCUGCUCUACCAGCACCGCAUGCGCCCAGAGAUCUCCCAGCUGCUGGUGCCCUGCUUCUACAAGGAACUGCAUGAUCACCAGGCCGUUCUCGAGUAUGAAAACAUCAAGGGUGUUGAGAAGAACGUGUUCUUCGUGCAACACGAAGAGGAAGAGAGCCACAGCGCAGGCACAGAGAGCUACAGCAACCUGCACGAAGCCACCUUCCUGGUUUCGCUGGCCAGCUACCUCCUCAAGCAAGGCUACAGUCAGAGCCAGAUCACCGUCCUCACCCCGUACCACGGACAGGUGAUGAGGAUCCGAACUCUGCUGCUGCAGGCAGAGAUGGAACACGUGGAUACCCACGCCGUGGACGACUUCCAAGGAGAAGAAAACGACAUCGUUCUGCUCUCGCUGGUACGAAGCAACCGCCAGGGGAGAAUCGGCUUCCUGAAGGACAAGAACAGGCUGUGCGUGGCCCUCUCUCGUGCGAAAAAGGGCUUCUACUGCAUUGGGAACCUAGAGGUCCUCUCGGCCUGUAGCCCCCUGUGGAAAGAGAUGGCCGGCUUGCUAAAAGCGAAGGGUCUUCUCGGGGAAGAGCUCUCGCUGAUGUGCCAAAACCACCCGGAAACCAAGACGGCCGUGAAGGAGAGCCACGGCUUCCGCCAACUCCCAGAUGGAGGCUGCACACUCGAGUGCCAGGUGCGGCUGGAAUGUGGCCACCCUUGCGCCCGCCACUGCCACCCCACCGACAGGGACCACCGGCAGCACCUUUGCAAGUUUCCCUGUGCCCGAGCCCUGUGCGAGCUCAGCCACCCCUGCCCCAAGAAGUGCUGGGAACACUGCGGGCCCUGCAAGGUCGAGGUGCCGAAGGUCAUCCCGAAGUGUGGACACAGCCAGAACCUUCCGUGCCACGAAUCCGCUGCCACCUGGAUCUGCAAGGAGCCGUGUCAGCAGCUUUUGAAAUGUAGCCACCGGUGCCACCUGUGGUGUGGAGAGGACUGCCAAGCGGCCCGCUGCAAAGAAACGGUGGAGGUCACUCUCUCCUGUUCCCACGUGACCCGAACGGAGUGCUUCAGGCGGGAGAUGCCCCUGCGGUGCCACGAGAAGUGCCGGCAGAAGCUGGAUUGCGGCCACGCUUGCAGGGGAAGCUGUUUCGAGUGCGUCCGGGGCCGCCUGCACACGGCCUGCCAGAAGAAGUGCGCCAGGGUCUUGCUCUGCUCCCACACGUGCCAGGGCUCCUGCUGUGAGAAUUGUCCUCCCUGCGCCAGGAGGUGCCCCAACCGGUGCUGCCACAGCUUCUGUGACCGGCGGUGCGGGGAACUCUGCUUCCCCUGCAGGCAGCCCUGCCGCUGGCGGUGCCCACAUUUCCAGUGCACGCGGAGGUGCUCGGAAAUCUGCAACCGCCCCCGGUGUGACGCGCCCUGCCAGAAGAUCCUCAAGUGCAGGCACCCCUGUGUGGGCCUUUGUGGGGAGCCCUGUCCCCCCAAGUGCCGGGUGUGCCACCGGGACGAGUUGGCAGAAAUCUUCUUUGGGAACGAAGACGAGCCCGACGCCCGCUUUGUGGUUCUCUGGGACUGCCGGCACGUCUUGGAGGUGGGGGGCCUGGACCGCUGGAUGGAGGGGGAGCCAAGCCCUGCUGCGGGAGCCCGGGAGGUCCAGCAGAAGGUCUGCCCCAAGUGCUCGACCCCCAUCCAGGACCACCCCCGUUACAACAACAUCCUCAAAGCCACCCGGCAAAGAAUGGAGGAGAUAAAGCAAAAGAUCCGUGGGACAGAGGAAGAACUCCAAGUCGGGCGAACCCAGCUGGUCCAAAGGCUGUCUUUCGUGGUGCCACACGCAAGCUGCAGCUUUGAUCCAGGCGCCCUGGCAAGAAAGAUCAGGAACACGGCUUCCCUUCAGGACCUCAAGGACUGGGAAAACACCGUGAGUUUCCUCCUUUGCCUUCAGAGGCUGAAAAGCCAAGCCGCAACAUGCACGGAGGAGAGGAAAGAGUGCCUGAUGGAGGAGGCCGAGCGGAUGGCGUCCUGGUUGUCCAGGAGGCGAGAAGGCCAAGCGUUCACCCGCCAGCAGCUCAGAGAAUGCAGGGACGAGGCGAAGAGGCUCUCCUACUUGGCCAACCUCUUCCAGCGGCUGAGCCGGUGGGAGACGAGCCAGGCGCCUUCCUCUCCCGAAGCGGUGGCCGCCGUCUCCGAGGCCCUGAGGCUGCUCAACGGGCAGAGGCCUUUCACGGAAGCCGAAGAGGCGCUCCUCCGGCCGGCCCUAGAGGCCCUCGACAGGCUGCUGCCGGCCUCGGGGCCACAGCUCUCUGAGGUAGAGAGGCUCUCGGUUGUUGAGGCCAUGCGCUUUGGAAAGGGGCAGUGGUACCAGUGCCCCCGGGGCCACUUAUACACCGUGGGGCAGUGUGGGCGGCCCAUGGAAGAGAGCCAGUGCCCUGAAUGCGGGGCGACCAUCGGUGGACACAAUCACAGGCUUCGACCAGAUAACCUUUCCGCCAAUCCGACCCAGGGCGCUCGGGACAGAGGAAGGGAGGAAGGGAGACAGCUCACCAACAUCGCCGAGUUCAUGGCACCCUCUGAUCACCUGGCCCUGGCACCUGCCACAGCCACCGUUCCUCCCUGUGAGCCAGGAGAGUCUCCAUCCUAUGCCAGCGACAGCUGCGGAGAAGCUGGAACCAGUCCUUGCGCCUCCUCUGUUUGUCAAACGCAUGCUCCUCCUGUCAGCCCUACCGCUGGGUCCUGCCAGUUAUUGGGUUCUGAACCAGAAGGAACCUUGGAGGAAGAGGAGGAGGAGGAGGAGAAGGAAGAGGAGGACGAAGAGGAGGAAGAGGACAACCCAGGCACCCCGCCGUUGUCCGGCACUGCCAUGACUGGCCUGGCUGACUCCUCUUCAGAGGAGGAUGUGCCUCUGCUGGAGGGGGCUGGGGAGGAACUAGAGACCCCGGCUGACAAUCCCAGCCCGGGUACCCUGGAGGGAGAACCUGCCCUGCCCGUGGAAGACUCGGGCUCCCCUGGCAGAGAGAACGCCCUCAUAGAGGAAGAGGCCCUUCUCUCGCCCAGCACCGCCCCAGCGCCUGGUCCUGGGCAGCCUCCAAGGACGAAGGCCCCACUGAGGCGAAGUCAGCGCCUGCAGCAAAAGUUUUCCAGCUGA